AGGAUCUCAAAAUAUCCCACAAUCGCGCAAAUAUGCCAGGAAGCAAUGAAGAUUGGAUAAAGAAGGAGGUCGAGGACCAGGACACCAACGCCAACAGCUCGAGCUCCAGCAUAGCCGUCUCGCGUCAGCUCGAAGGGAAUUCUGCUGUUCCUGACGCCAUCGACCUUCUGUCUUCUCAAAUCAAAAGAGAAGUUGAAGAGGAGGAUGAUCGCAACGAUGAGACUGGACCCCGUUCGGAGCCCGUGGAUGUUAAGCCGUCUCCAAAACGCCCAACGAAGAGGUCAGCCGAGACCUGGACGACGGCUCGGCGCCAAGCAAGAAACGGUCUACGGCGGGAGACGGUUCAACUCAUCGAUUCGCGUAUGUGAAUGUUGGAGUCCGCCAUCCAUACGAUCCACGCCAUCUUGUCAUGGAAACUUCAUUGAAUGAAAUUAGAAUCGAAGAUUUCGAAAUAAUCCAGUAUCUUCCGAUGCCCUUCAGGACUUCGAUUCCCAUGAAGCUAGUGAUCUUCGCAGUGAGAAGUGAAGAAUCUGCCGAGAAGAUCCGCUCGUUAAUCGAUCCUUCGAUGUGGAUCGCGGCUUUUGGUGGCGGAACCGAAACUCAAAAAUUCUUGUGGAGCGAGCUGACGGUGGAGGAUUUCGUCAAGGCACACAUAAUGGCCAGCAGCGCAACCGAUGACGUGCCAUAUGAGGCAGCCAUGGCGGAUCGAGAAUCGCUCAAACAAGCUGUAAAUGAUGCCAGCUCUCUGAAAGGCUUGAAGGAGAGCAUGUCGAAAGCUGGAUGGAGGAUCGUGAGUAAGAUGCGGAAAGAUCUCAAUGGAGCCUGAUGAUCCCCUUCCCAGCACACAAGACAGUUUUAAUUUUGUGUCUGUAUAGUUUUAUAUUAAGUUUUGAUGAUAAUGAAUUUUUUUACGGUUUUA